AUGAGAAGUUUCCGUCGUUCUUUUAGUCAUCUACUCGUGAUCGUAUGGUGUUUGGAUUUGUUCGUUUUAUACGCUAGCAGCUUCCACGAGGAUGUACGAGGAAAUUCCGCGGAAGUCGAGGUUGCUCGGAGAAUGCACUCACGACAAAAGAGGUAUCUGAUCUUCCCCGAAGGUAGUAACUUACAGUUAGUGUACUGCUUGACUAUCGGAGCGUAUGGCAGAAACGAUGAUUUGGUGAUGGGUCUGACAGCAGCGUUGGCUUGGGAACUUCCGAGUAAAGUCGACUCCAAGAUAUCGGAUUUACUUCACCGUAGAAGCCGAAGUGUCAUGUUUCCGAAGGUUGAAGCUUUCUUGCAGUCCACUGGUAUCGACGGAAGAUCCUGCGUAAUGAAGGCCCUGUGCGAGGCAGGCCAAAGACAUCCAUCUCAAAUUGGCAAGGGAACUUUUAUUCAAGAACUCCUGCACGCCAUUUUUACAUUACCAAAAGAUGGUGGCAAAUUCGAACGUUUUGAGGAUCGAGCUUACGAUGCAGCGUAUGAAAAGGGUGGAAACUGUAAGGAACUUUAUCCAACGUGUCGGCACUCCAUUUACAAUGUGGAUCUUUGAGAUCGGAAUAGGCGAGGCGAGAAAUCGUAAGAAAACGUGUGCGAUGCUCACGGUGUAAGAAAAAGCUCACCGCCAUGCUCCUCGACCGUUCGUUCCCCUAAGAUCCAAUAGGGCAAAACUUUUCUAA